GUCGGAGAGACACUAGGGGCCCUCAACACGGCCCUGGGGCCUGGCGACCCAGUGUGGUUCAAGGAGACGCGUGCCCGCCACCUGCGCGCCCGAGACUUCCUGGCACCGCGGCCCGCGUUGCAAGCGCGCUUCGGGGAUGGACAGGGUGAGGGUGCGCCUGGUGCCCGCCGUGCGGGACCCGCACAUGCCGACCUUCCUGCAGCAACUGCGCGUAGACUGGCCCGCUGCCUCGGAGAGAGCCGCCACCGAAGCCCUGAGGAGCCGGGUGCUUGCAGAACUUGGCCUGGCCCGGGAGGGCGGAGCCCUGGCCCCGGGCAUCCUAGGCACAGUAUCCCUGAAGGAAGUGUUGCAAGAACGGGGACGCGCAGCUGGCUAUGACCCCAAGUUGGACAAGUGUCUGGUGACUGAGGAUCAGCUGUCUGUGCUGGCCGAGCUGCAGGAGGCUGUAAGCCAGUGGCCUCAGGCCAGCCCUCCAGGCCUGGCUGUGGCCCCACAUGCCAGUGCAGACGUCUGCAUGGUUAUACACGUGGUGAGCUGUGAGGAGGAGUUCCAGCAACAAAAGUUGGACUUGCUUUGGUGGAAGCUGGAUGAUCGGGCUCCUCUCACACAGAAGCACCUGGUCUGUGGCCCAGUGAAAGUCGCUGGUACGCCUAGCAAGUUGACUGCCCCUGAGUACUACGAGCUCCGCCACACCCAGGUGUGCAAGGCAUCCGCACUGAAGCAUGGCAGGGACCUGGUGCAAGACCCAGCCUGGACAGAGGUCUUCAGCAUUCUCUCUGCGGCAACUAUCAAGUUUGAGAUGCUCAGCACUGCUCCACAGAGUCAGCUUCUCCUGGCCCUGGCCGACAGCAGCAUCUCCACAAAGGGCACCAGGAGUGGCACCUUCGUCAUGUACAACUGUGCCCGGCUUGCCACGCUAUUUGAGGGGUACAAGCACAGCACAGAACAAGGUCUGUACCCCACUUUUCCACCUGUGAGCAGUCUCGAUUUCUCACUGCUACAGGAUGAGGGCGAGUGGCUGCUGCUCUUCAAUGGCGUGCUCCCUUUCCCAGACCUGCUGGGCCAGACAGCAGCCCUGGCAUGUGCAGCCUCAGGGCUUCACGUGACUGCGCGCACUGAGACGAUGUGCAAGUUCCUGGUCCAGCUCAGCAUGGAUUUCAGCUCGUACUAUAACCGAGUACACAUCCUAGGGGAGCCUCGACCACACCUGUUUGGUCAAAUGUUUGCCCGUCUCCAGCUUCUGCGGGCUGUGCGUGAGGUGCUCCACACUGGCCUAGCCAUGCUGGGUCUCCCUCCACUGAGCCACAUCUAAGGCCACAGAGACCCCAAUAUCUAGGAAUGUUUACAAAAUCUUCACCUGGAAAAAAGAUAUAAAGAUUAUAGUAGAGACCUGAAGCCAAAAUAAAUUGUUUCUGUUACAUACAAA